GCAUUGAAACACUACACCAAUACUCUCGGAUGGGUUUUAUUGGAAAUAAAUUCCAAAGGGGAAAUCGAAUGCGUGAGUGACAAUAUUAAGGAACUGACUCUCCUGGAUCGAAGUGAAUUGUACAAGAAGUCGAUUUACACCAUUUUGCAUCCGAAGGAUCAUGCAAAAUUGAAACCGUUGUUGAGAAAUGUGCAGUCCUUCGCUUGGGAUUCCGGAGACGGUGACAAAUUUCACGCAAUCCAAGUUCGCCUCAUAAAAACUUCCAAUGGGAAUGAUUGUGUUGGCUCGGUGGAGGCAGUGAUACACGCUGCGCCGGUGCGCGGCCCGUCCUCGGAGGAGGCCGGCUCCGUCAUGUGCGUCAUCCGGCGCUGCGACGACGCGUCGGCCGCUCUGCUCCCCGACGACGGCGGUCCGCCCGCCAUCACCGCCAAACAAUCUGACCAAAUAGUCUUCAGAUUAGACUGUAACUUUACAAUUCUAUUCUGUGAUUUGAGUGGAGUGGAAAACUUUAUAAACUCUCCUAUAUCUCUUGUGGGUACGCGUUAUUUGGAUCUCGUUGAGAGUGAGGAUCGUGUCCGCGUAGCCGGUCAUUUGCGAGAGGCUUCCUCGCCGCCUGCGCCACCCGCUAUCAGUGACGCUUUUCGGUUGCGUCUCACUGCUGAAAGGCCGUGGUUACGGGUUAGCGCUCGUUCUCGUCUGUUCCGAGCGAAACCUACUUCCGGUGAACCAGACUUCAUUAUGUCCACGCAUUCUGUACUCAGUGACGAGGACAUGGAACUUUUUGACUCUGAGGGUGCACGUCAACCUGUCGGUGGUCCUCUGAUGAGCUCUAUAGCUAAUGGAGAGCCUUCUUGUGAAUCACGAUACCAAUCUUCAGUGAGUCCUACCGACCCUACAUUUUCAAUCAACGAUUUCGAGUUUGAGCCGUGGCCAGCACCAUAUCUUGGCGACAUGCCUAACGAAGACUCGAAGGAUCGUAAAGACGUAUCUACGGAUAGCCCGUCGACCCCCAUGACACCACACGCUCCGUCAACACCCGGUGACGGCUCUAUUAACUCGCAACCUGAAGAACCUAACCGUUUGCGGAUUCUGCUUAGCAAGAAAACGCCAAACGCCACUGAUAACUCGAACAAUCGCAUCCUGAAAGAUCUGCUCAAGCAGGAGGACGAAGAAGCGACAGGAAGCGAGACAUCAGCUCCGCACACGCCGCACACGCCGCUGACGCCACAUACGCCGCACACGCCCAGUGCGGCGCUGUCGCCGAUUCACUCGGCGCAGGCGCACGCGCGCGCGCCUCCGCUGCCGCCGCACACGCAUGUGGCGCAUGCGCCGCACGUGUCGCACGCGCCGCACGUGUCGCACGCGCCGCACGCGUCGCACGUCUCGCAUGCCUCCCACGUCUCUCAUGCCAGUCAGCACACAAUGCAGCAAACACAUCAUAAUAAUUCCGACGUCUUAUUGAAGAUAUUAAAUGAUAAAUCCGAUGAGGACGUGGAAGAAAGCAGAAGAAAUUCUGCUGAUGGAAAUCGUAGUGUAACUCAGCCUAGUGCUCUACUGUCUCAGUUGCUAUCGAGCACUAAUGGGCCGGCGGGCAACGGCCGUUCCCAAGACACUAGUGACACCUACCUUGAAAGGAUUGCUGGAGUGAAACGCAGAUUUGAUGAAGCCAAAGCUAUGCCCGGGAAUGUUAAGAGGGCUACGCCUGAAAAUCAACCGCAGGUGUCAUCGAGUGCAGUUCCAGUGGCUUCCACCGCGCAAUCAUCGAGUGCGCAAAGUCCGACCAACAGCGGUGCCGGCAUGAGUCCACUUUGCCAGAAGAAUCAGAUACUUGUGUCAUUACUGGCUCGCCAACAAACGACGCCCACUACACCGUUGCCGUUGCCAAAUCCCAAUCUUCGGCCGUACGCACCCGGCUCGCGGCCACGUGGCCCGCAUCCGCCACAUUCGCCGCACGGGCAGCAACCGCAGCAUAACCAGCAUCCACAGCAUUCACAACAUCCGCAGCAUCCGCAGCAUCCUCAACAUCCUCAACAUCCCCAACAUCCACAACACCCACAGCACCCGCAGCAUCAGCAACAUCACGGACCGAUGCCGUCCCACUCGCCACAUCCAUCGCACGCGCCACAUACGCCGCAUCAACAGAGGCAACAUUCUUCAACGCUAUCCACGAUACUUACCAGCGCUAAUCACGUUCGAGCGGGUAACGUGAACGGUGGGCCGGUGACAAGCGGGGAAUGCUCGACGCCAAACUUGCAGGGCGCGGCGGGGGGCGCAGGCGCGGCGGGGGCGGGCGGCGGCGCGCACAGCCACCUGCAGAUGGUGCUGCAGGGCGGCGCCAUGCAGGGCGGCGCGCGCGCCUACCCGCCGCCGCCCGCGCCCUCGCCGCUGCACUACGCCAACACCGCGCCGCACCACGUGUACAACAACCAGCCACAAAGUGGUAACACACAUGCCCAAGGUGGUGGAAAUGGGGACAGUGAAGUACCAAGUGAUCAAACUUUGUCGGAUAUACUCGACGAAGUUAUUGACAAUAUGCCUGAUUCUGAUCGACCUCCACCCGACGUUAAUGUACGCCAACGACAGGGAAUGAAGGAAAAAAAUGCAGUGAUAAACGCCAUCAGACGGAGUCUUAUGCAAUGCGAAACUGUCACCAAGAACCCGAUAGUGACGAGUCCCAGUGGUUCAGCAGUGUUUUCCGUUCAAAGCCCAGUGGCGUGCUCCAUGGGCGGUGCGCUGUACGGCUCCGCGGGCGGCGUGGCGGGCGGCGUGGCGGGCGGCGUGGCGGGCGGCGUGGCGGGCGGCGCGGCGGCGGGCGCGGCGGGCGGCGCGGCGCGCGCGCACGUGCUCGCCGAGCAGCAACGCGCGCGCCUGCUGCAGAGGCAACGCUCGCAGCAAAUGCUCGUCUCACCCGAGGCUGCCGAGCAGCCGCAGGCUGAUCUCGGUUCCACAAUUAACGCUCUAGUUUCGGCGACGCCACCGAACGUAGCGCUGACUCGGACGGAUUUUCAUCACAAUUUGUAUCAAACGAGUCAAAUGGGAUCCAAUUUUAAUGCGAAUAAAAUAACUACGUCGCAACAGAACCCCAUGCUGAGCAGGCAGCUGAGUGUGGCGGGGUCGGGCGGCGGGUACGCGCACGCGGCGGCGGCGGCGGCGGCGGCGGCGCUGCACACGCCCGUGUCGCCGCAGCCCUACCACCGCGCGCCGCGCCCGCACCCAGUGGGCGGCUACUACGAGGAGGGCGCGGGCGGGUACUGCGCCGAGUACGCGCGCUGCACGCCGCUGCCGCCGCACGCCUCACACGCGCCGCACGCCACCCACGCGCCGCAUCCGCCGCAUCCGCCGCACCCGCCGCAUCCGCCGCACCCGCCACAUCCGCCCCAUCCGCCGCACGACCACCAGCUCUCGUGCGCGGGCGGAGGCGCGGGCGGCGGCGCGGGCGGGGGCGCGGGCGGCGGGGUGGGCGCGUCGGAGUACGUGCGCAACGAGCUGCGGGCCGUGGUGGGCGCGCGCUCGGCCCGCCCCGACCUGCACACGCUGCAACCGCCUGAACUCGACCCUCUCAUCACUUUUGAAAUGGCAACACCCGGUGGCGGCAGUGUGGUGGGGGGCCGAGCAACCUCGGCGACGACAAACUCGUGGGAGACGCAACAGAGCACCCCGAGUACUACGGAGGCGGGAUUGGCGGUGGCGGUGUCGGCGGUGUCGGCGGCGUCGGCGGCGUCGGCGGCGGCCGGUGAUGAGGCGCAGCCGGCGGGUGCGGCGGGGGCGGGGGCGGGGGCGGGGGCGGCGGCGGCUGAGGGCGCGGGCAAGGCGUCGCUGCUGCAGAAGCUGCUGUCGCAGUGACGCGGCCGCGCAUGCGUCGCCGCCCACAGUUGCAUUUAUUACAUUCUCGCCGCUCCGGAUGGACGAUAGCCGGCGGCCGGCGGUCGGCGGCUGGCGGCCGGCGUGCUCGCGCCGAACGUCGUCAUUCGCGUUGCGGUCUACGUGGUACCUCUGCGGCUGUAAAUCCCAUUUCGGUGGGAGUGAUGUAGUACAUACUUGCACGUAUUUAUAAACGUCUUUGAUGUAGUUUAGUAGUGCUAGUGAUAUUUUGAGUUGUAAAAUUUGUUUCUUCGAUGAUGUCUCGAUAUCAGAGAGGAUCGUUUAGAAAUGAUUGAUUGGAUUGACGUAUCUAUGUGUAUAAUGUGUUAAGAACUACGAUUUGAUGCAAAAUUUAAGGUAGCUUCCUGUGACGGAAACAAAACGUGAUUUACAAAAUCCGAUUGACUUUUAACAUUCACGUUGUACAAUAGAAUUACAAUAGAAAGUGCAAUAUUUUAUAGAAAUACACAUUAUUUUGGCGUUGUGAACGUUAUGUAUUAUAGUAUGGAAGUCAUAUGUUACCUGUUAUUACAAAGUAAAUUGUAUUAUAGUAUAUGAUGACAAGACGUCGAGUUAAAAGGUUUCUCUUAUGGAGAAUAUUAUUUUUACUUGUAAAUAAUAUUAUGUUGUUAAAUUAUAACUGUUGCCUGAUUGUAAAUAUUUUGUUAAAAUAUUUCAUUGUGUUUCAUGUAUAAUAUAGUUUUUCAUUCGACUUUAAUACACAUUUUUAUAAUUGAUUUUGAUUAGACCAUUAUAAAUCUAAUUCUAUUAUUUUUUUUCUAAUUAUAUCGUUUUGUUUUGUAAACCGUCUUCUCGAUAUGAAUAUACUGAUUAGUCGCAAGAUAUAAUCACGGAUGUAUAAUUACAUCAUUACAUCUUUAUUCUGAUUUAACCUCGACUUGUAAUACUGUACAAAUUCUUUUUUUUAUUUUUUCCAUUGAGGUUAUUUUAUGAUUCAAAUGACUAGUUAUAUUAUCAUGAUUUUAAUUACAAGUUGCAACUGUACAUUUGCGAUUACAUCAUGCGCACCCUCAUGUUCUUUUGUAAUAGUUUGUAUCUAAAAAUAAAUACCAGCGUGAUGCCGUUAUUGACUUUAUUCUUUUUCAACUAUGUGGUGAGUGUAGAAGAACGCGAUAGUCAUUUUUACCUCGUCGAUGCAUAGGUACAUUUUAAUCAAUGUCAACACUAUAGAUACUCUACGAAAAAUAUUAUAAGUGCGAGAUUUCCGUCUAUCAUCUAGGAUUUCGUCUCAAUAUACUAAGCGAUGUUUCGCAACAUCAUUCGAAGAUUUUAUAGACGAACGAAUCUAUAAAUUAUUGAUAGUAUGUUCUUUGUAGUUCAUUCUGUUCAAUAUGUGCAAGCGCACUUAUUGUUACUACAGGUAUUCGCAUUUAAAGUAACUCUUAUCAGAAUACGGUAUAUUAUAAUGUUUUCAAUUUAGUUGAUUCUAAGCUUCACUGAUGCAAAAUAGCACCGUGAAAGCGGUUUAUUUUCAUGUGUGCGCUUGGAUUGAGGAACCAUGUUGGGAUUUCAAUUUGUUAAUCAGUAAUAUUACCUUAUAUUGUGGAACAAAUCGUUGUGUGGUCUUAAUAUGGGUUGUUACAUGAGAUAUAAAGUCAGAUCUUUGAAUUGAUAACUUAUUUGACAAUGGAAACAUUACAUCUGCAAAUAUAAGUUUGUUGUAAUCAGUGUAGCAGUUUUGUUUGAUACGUACCAAUCGUAAUCUUGUUUCAUACAAUCAGUAAAAUUAUCAACUAUUACCGAAUUAAAAUGUCGGUAAAUUCACGUCGACUCGGGACGCAUGCGCCUCUGCACGCUCACAAAUUAUGAAAAACAUCGGAAAAAAGGAAUCGCAAGUUUUCUGGCUCGCAGUGUUAACGGUUCGUGUUUUAAAAAUGAUGCUUGUAAAAUAUUUUCAACAUGUAAAAUCCAGUUUUUCCUGUAAAACUACUUCACUGCUUACUAAAUUCAGUUAGCAGAACCAAUUUAAUUCCGGUAGAAUUUCAAAUAUGGCUCAAUACACGCGCACACUAGUUUCACAACACUUCAAUAAGUAAAUAUCGGUGUUCUUAUUUUAAGUGGUGGUUAAUGGUUAACAGAAUGCUUUACAUACAGUUAUAAAAUCUUCAUUCUCGUAAUAAUUAGAGAAGCUUAGGGUUGAUAAAUACUGGCAUAAGAUCAACUUCAAAUAGUCACAGGAAGACAACACAGCAGUUAGCUUCCAGCCGAUUACAUUAGAUAAUUGGAUAUGACUGUAGUACAUCUCAGACGAUAUUUUUGGUGCGAUAAAUAUUUUUAAACGAAACAAGAUUUAUAAUACCGUGCUGUUAAAAAAUUAAAUAUGGAUGAAGAUGAUAUUUGGGCGAUGCUAUAAAUUCUUAAAGAUAGAUUUAUGGUUGUUAAAACGCGUCACUUUUGUAUGCAUCAUCAUGGUGCAACUCAUAAGUCGCUGCGUUAAAAUUGUGUGAAUAAUGAUUACUAUGCAAAAUUAUAAUUAAAUUCUAUGUUAAUAUACUUAGAGGUUAAAAUUAGGCACCAUAUUAUAAGACUUGUUUGUCUCUUAAAUUCAGACAGUAACAAUGUUAAAAAUAAUGUUAUCAAGUCUCAAAAAUGUAUGACUGAAUAUGCUAUAAAUUUUCAUAUGCCCUAUUUGAACAGUCUAUCGACUUUGGCAUCGAAUUUCAAAGUUUAAUAAAAAUAUCAUUAUUGCUGUUUGAAGUAGUGUUUCGCAUUGUCGUUUUUCAAUUUUAAAUUACUAGGAUUGCACAAUAUGAAAUUUAAGUAAGUAAAUUUAUUAUCACUUAAUAGUAAGUGUAAAACCUCUUUGGUGUGAUGAGCAUUUUAUAAAUGUCUGUUUAAUGUGUGUAACGUUAUUAGUAGGAAGAUCUACUUUUGAAGUACGACUUCAGUAAUGGCAAAUACGCCGUCAUCCCAUGUCUUGUACUCUUGGGACAACGAGUAUGUUAUCAUUGAUAGAUUGCCAAGGUUAUAAGUGUUGAAAGGGAAAUUAUAUUUGUGCGUAGCUCAGUGCUAGAAAAAACGAAUGUUAUAUUAAAAAUGUACUAAUGUACAUUACGUCUCGCUUCUCCUAUUAACAUGGUUUCAAAUAUGUAACCAACUCCAUAAAAAAUUACCAAUAUAAUAGUUUGUAUCAGUUGUCUAUCGACAGAUGGCAAAUACUUAACCGAACCUAAAGUACUCAAAAGUAGUAUGGGUCAUACACGUUCAUAGGUCAACCUGUAUGUAGCUUUCUAUUAACAAUAUCUUUAAACACGAGCGUAAAAUAUAAAACUAAAGAUAAGUAAGUACUCGUACAUGAAAUAAAUUGUUGUAAUGUGUUAUUAUGACCUAGUUGAUGAACGUACAAAAUGCGUAGAGUAUCCAUAGAAGCAAGAGAAAUGAGUUAUCUGUUUAGAUAAAAUAGAAAUAUUUUUAUACCACUAUUGGAUGAAUAGUUUAAAGUGUAGGCCAUCGACCAAAUUAAUUUUCAUUAAUAUGUAAAGAAUUGAAGAACAAAACACUUCGAAUACGUUGCCACCAAAAUGUGUGAUAUUAUAGCUUUACAAUAUCCGAUUAUGUCAACAAUAUUAGUACUACUCAUUGCCUUUGGUUUUACCAAAGACAACACCAGUCCAUAUUGUUGGAUAAGCAAACAAAUCAAUAAAGUACAAGUGAAAGGCCUUGUUAUGUGGAAAUAAAGACAAGUAGUCAAACUGUAGUCGACUAUCUGCUCAUGUUGCAUAUAUUAAAUACUAAAUUUAUUUAUUGGGUUGAUAAGCGAUAGAUCAUAAAUACGAACUGCAAGCAUGUUUACACCGAAACGAAAAUUUAAUAUAUAAUAUACAAAUGCUAUAUUUUUUGCAUAUUUAUGAUAUCAUACCUGUUUAAUUUUUGCUGUCAAGAGUAUAUAUUAUUCUGAACACGUCCAUUGUACGAAUAAAUUGAUUUUCUGUAAAUAAUUAUAUCAUACCAUAAUGCAUAGGUGCCUCAAAUUAUAGAUAAAACAUAUUUUUUCAAUGCCACCCUUUUGGAGUAAAAAACGAAUAUUGACUGUUGAUAUAGUAUUUUAUAAUACAUAGCUAAAACAUCUAAAGUAAUACGAACCCGUAGAUUCCAUUUAAGGUUUUCAUUCCCUAAAAUUCGGAAAAUAAUCUUAUGUAGUGAGUAUAUUGUAAAUAUAUUUUGAUAGGGCGUAAAUAAUAACAUUAUAUACUUUGAUCGGUGACACCAAAAUAAAUAGGUCAUUGAAGAAUAUAGUCUUCAAAAUUCACAAUAUUGUAUUGACUGUUUAAUGAUAUUUUCCAUGUUAGUCUUCCAAACCAGACAUGACUAAUGACUAUACGGUGUACCGUUAUUAUUAUACUAAGGUGCUAGCUAAAGAAACAUGAUGACUGGUGAAACAUGUGUAUUUUUCAUUUUCUGUAUUCCAUUUUAUCAAUGUGCCCAUGUUACGAUUUAAUCAUUUGACGAUAUAUUGUGUUACCGAUUUAAUAGCAGCGUGCUUAGACCGCUAAACUAGUGAAGUAUCAGGUUCGAUUCUCACGUUGGUUGAUAUUUUUUUGUGUAUAUCGAUUUAAAAAACAUUUGCGUGUCUCCAGAAUUAGAAUUUAAGCCCGAUAUAGGAAAAGGCUAGCCCUUAUGGCAUUAUGAAUGGAAAUUACUUCUGCCAAUCAUUAGUGCACUCAUCUUUGCCCAGCCCUUUGAGGAUAGAGGCAUGAGCAUACGUUACGUUACGCACACCUUGACAUUUUUUAUGAUACCAGGUUACUAAUCGAGAAUGUAUUGAGUUACUGAAUGAAAGUUCGGUUUUAGGGUUCUCUCUAUACUUUGCUGCUAAAGUAUAUGCUAUAAUUGCUCAAGUGUAACUUACAGAAACGUAUAUAUUUGUAAAAUACGUUCUCUGUUGCUUCUAAACAACGAAACAGUACUUAUCAAUUCAACUACAACUAUGUUGUGAGGUGUGACUGCAUUGCAAAAUAACCAAACUAACAAUCCCGCCUAACCGUUUAAUUGAGUACUAUAUGAAAAUGAACAGUUUAUAAACAGUCCAUUUUUAUAUUUAGACAUUCUGUACCUAUUGAGCGCAUAAAUGGUGAUCUUGAAAGUAGUAACAUAAUACGUCAACGAAUAAGUAUUCCUACAAUACGAGUAAAUAUUUUGAUAAUAUAACAUUUACCGUUAAUAAUUGGCUUUGUAAAUAAAUAUUACUUUAUGCAAAGUGUCUAAAUAAUACGAUGACUUAGGGAUAUGUUUGGAUUUAUAUGUGCUGUACUGUAAAAUAUCGAUACAGUUAUAAUUAACGUCGAGGUAAAAUGAAGGAUUUUAACAACGCCAGGUGUCAUGUGUGCCGACAUAACUAUAAGUAUUUGACGUCAAUAUUUUUGGAACGCAUACUCGGUGUAGAUCGAUCCGAUCGAUCCAUUCUGGUCAUGUAUACUUCCAAUAUUUUACAGAAUAAGGGAUAAAGUCAGGAUACUAUAAGAGCAUGAUAGGUAUAACUUAUUCAGGAGAAAAUUGGUAAAGUAUAUCGAUGUUAUGUAUGGAUUUGGAUGUUUAUAUAUAAGAUGGUUGAAACAAAAAUUUCGUUUUGAAUUUAACAUACCUAUUGUCACAGAGUAAGUUUACUUAACUAAAAUUGAAAUUAAUAGGGUCCAAAAUUCCAUCCAAUAUUGCAGAAAAAAUACAAAUGAACUGCAUUAUUAAUUGUGAUAUAUCGAAGUGUAAUAGAAAUAUUUUUGUAUCAAUCUUAAAAUUACUCUGUGACAGGGGAUACGAGCGAAUCACUUGGCAUAUAAUGUGCAGCGAAACAUAGAUGUGUACGGGAAUCUUUGUUUCAUCUUCCACAAGGAAGACAUAAUUAGUUUUAGUGUUACAUUUCACCUCAUUCUAGACAAUCGUACAUAAAGCAUAGCUUUUGUUUCCUCCCGCUAUGCGUAAUUAAAUUUCCUCAAAAUAGAGGUAAGUUAUGUGAUAAAAUAUUUAUUAUAGAGGAUGACAGUUGCUAACACAAUCAGGCAUUCCCGUACGUAGGUGAUUUUAUUUUUUGUAUAAAAUCGUGCCUUUUGUCUUGGCCUGUCGUCUAAGAGCAAGGGUAUUUUUCUAUUGUGAAUAUUAAAAUUUUAGGUUUAACGUUCUGUUGUAGAUUUUAAUGUUAUUAUAUGGAACUAAUUAUGUUUUCUGAAACUGUGCCAAGUGAUUAUUAGAUAUAUUGGUCACUUACGGGUGAGAUUUUCGAUGAAUAAACUUUUAAAAUUGAUAGAUAGUUGGUAAGACCUAUUAAUAAACGCUUAUAAUUCUUCUUAUAUUUGAUGAAAUUAAAUUUGUUGAAACCUAAAUUAAUCCUUUGGCUUCAAAUAAAUCUUUUGCGUAAGUGGCCGUUAAGUCUGUGUUAUUUAGUUCUUCACAUAGUUAAGGCCUUUUUGUGUUGCUGUGCAUUUCUACGCAUUGUAUGUAUGUAUGUAUGUUUAUAAAAUGUAAAUAGCUAAAAAUACAUAUAUUUUUACGAUUAGCAUACACAACCAAAGUUGUUAUAAAGUGAUGGUUGAUUAAAUAUUAAAUUUAAAUAUAGGUUGUUAUGUUUCUUUUAGAAAAGAUACAAAAUAAAUCUGUACAGCUAUAUUAUGAGCUCAUCAAACCGCUGAUCGGAUCCUUAUAAUUAUUCUAAUAUUAUCCAUUAAUAGAUUUUAUGGUUUUCGUAUAAAAUUUACACAAAACCAUGAUUAUUUAACCAAGCCUAACAAAGUUGAGGAGAUAACGAUAUUUUAUAUAUGCUCCUUCGUUCCUAGUAGCUUGUUCCGAUUCACCAACAACAACCGAUUGCUAUUUGUCAAUUAAUGAAACAAACACACUCUACUAAUAUCUCUUUGGUAUUAGAAUAAUAAUGGUUUUAUUCAUUGGAACAUCCGACUUUAUGAGUACAUUUAAGUUGUAUUUUUUGUACAUUUUAGAUUCGAAAGUAUAUUAAUAUCUAAAUAA